GUCUUUACCUUUCUCUCCCAACUCUCGUACAAGUUUGCCCGGUGCUACAGCCACCUCUGUACCUUCAGUGCAUCUCUGGGAGUGCCCUUCUUUGUCGAUAUAACCAACGUCUCGCCUUUGGCAAGAAACAAUACACUUCCGAUCUAAUCCUUCAAAGUUCUCGCAAUGGUUUCCAGAAAGCUGAUGGGGUUUUGGGCUCUCUUUGAUGUCUGCUUGCUUGCCGCCGGAGUCGUGUCGAUCAUCUUCUCCGUUGUCUACCGCAAACAGGACAUUCUUCUGAAUCUGACCAUCUCAAAGGCCGAUUUGACUGCUGCCUUGGUUAUGGGUAUCAUGCUUGUCGCAACGUUCAUAUUCUCUAUCGGCGCUAUCAUCCAGAAGAACCAUGUCACGAUAGGUCUUGUCAUCCUGAACUACAUCCUUGUCGCGGAUGCAGUUGUCGUGCUUGUCAUUGGAAGCUUUGUUUGGUUCUUCUCCCUGCAGCAGCGGAACAAUUAUCACGCAUUAUAUGUGGAGCUUCCUGCGUCUAGUCGUGUUUUCAUCCAGGACAAGUUCAGCUGCUGUGGUUAUUUCAAUGGUUCUGACGCAGUUGAACCCUCAACUUUCUGCACAUCUUCUCAGAUCGCGUUCACCAAUGCCCUCGACCCCUCCGAUGUGAACAAUGCCGAUAGUUUCUGUGUCACGAAGGUUACUGCCUUUACCGAUUACACACUCAAUCAAAUGUUCUCGAGUACCUACGGUUUCAUGCCUAUCGUUCUUGGACUUCUUCUCUUCUCCCUUUGUGUUAUCAAUAAGAGGAAAGAAGACGAACGGUUCAAGAAGAUCGACGCAAAACGCGGUGGCAGAGGCUUCGUUUAAAAACUUAUCCUUCGGUCACAUCGUUCAGCCAUCGUGGUGUACUACAGUGAACGUACUCAGUGCAACCGAAUCUGAUGUCCUUCAAUCGCCCGUGACCACUGGUCCUAGACGAAUCCACUCAUUGAUGUCUCUUUCUACAUGCAUUACUCUUUGUUAGAUUGUCUCCUUUUCUUCCCCCAUUCCGAAAUCUCUGUAUUGUACCGGCGCUCGUUGCUAUCCGACACUACUUACAUCUUUUCCUUCGCAUCUCAAGGCCUUCUAAGAUUCUCAUCUUUGCACUUUUUUGUACUGCAUAAUUUUUGCCAGGUGAAUAACGAGUUUGGGCCAGCCCUUAUAGCCACUCCUGCUUGUGGGAGUAACUGUUGAGUAAAAAAAAAAGCAUUUCCACUGCUUGAGGCGAUUCAUUUGUGCGGAUAUCACCGCUGUUCUUGUAGUCUCGCGAACUUGAUUUUUGUGCUCACGUCGCUUCA